AUGGAGUCUGAGGAUUUAAGUGGCAGAGAAUUGACAAUUGAUUCCAUAAUGAACAAAGUGAGAGAUAUUAAAAAUAAGUUUAAAAAUGAAGACCUUACUGAUGAGCUAAGCUUGAAUAAAGUCUCUGCUGAUAGUACAGAUAACUCAGGAACUGUUAACCAAAUUAUGAUGAUGGCGAACAACCCAGAGGACUGGUUGAAUUUGUUGCUCAAACUAGAGAAAAACAGUGUCCCGCUAAGUGAUGCUCUUUUAAAUAAAUUGAUUGGUCGUUAUAGUCAAGCAAUUGAAGCACUUCCUCCAGAUAAAUAUGGCCAAAAUGAGAGUUUUGCCCGGAUUCAAGUGAGAUUAGCUGAAUUAAAAGCUAUUCAAGAGCCAGAUGAUGCACGUGACUACUUUCAAAUGGCCAGAGCGAACUGCAAGAAAUUUGCUUUUGUGCAUAUAUCUUUUGCACAAUUUGAACUGUCACAAGGUAAUUUCAAAAAAAGUAAACAACUUCUUCAUAAAGCUGUAGAACGUGGAGCAGUACCACUGGAAAUGCUGGAAAUUGCUUUACGGAAUUUAAACCUUCAAAAAAAGCAGCUGCUUUCAGAGGAAGAAAAGAAGAAUUUAUCAGCAUCUACAAUAUUAACUCCCCAAGAAUCAUUCUGCAGUUCAACUGGGCAUUUGCAGAAUAGGAACAUCAGUUGUGAUUCUAGAGGACAGGCUACUAAAGCCAGGUUUUUAUAUGGAGAGAACGUGCCCCCACAAGAUGCAGAAAUAGGUCAUCGGAAUCCCUUGAAACAAGCUAACAAAACUAAACAGUCAUGCCCAUUUGGAAGAGUCCCAAUUAACCUACUAAAUAGCCCAGAUUCUGAUGUGAAGACAGGUGGUUCAGUUGUGCCAAGUUUUUUAAAAAGACAGACCUCUGGAUCAGAAUGCCGAGAUGUGAUUGUGCCUGGAUCUAAAUCAAGUGGAAAUGAUUCCUAUGAAUUGAGAAAUUUAAAGUCUAUUCAAAAUAAUAUUCAUUCCAAGGAACCUCUGGUGUCAGAUGAGAAGAGUUUUGAACUUAUUACUGAUUCAGUAACCCUGAAGAAUAAAACUGAAUCAAGUUUUCUAACUAAAUUAGAAGAAACUAAAGAGCACCAAGAACUAAAGGUUCCAGAAGGUAACCAGAAACAAUGGCAAUCUAAGAGAAAGUCAGAAUGUAUGAACCAGAAUCCUGCUGCAUCUUCAAAUCAGCGGCAGAUUCCAGAGGUAGCCCGAAAGGUUCAUACAGAGCAGAAGCCUGCCACUUUUGAGCAACCUGUUUUUUCAGUUUCAAAGCAGUCACCACCAAUGUCGGCACAUAAAUGGUUUGAUCCAAAAUCUAUUUGUAAGACACCAAGCAGCAAUGAUUUGGAUGAUUACAUGAGCUGUUUUAGAACUCCAGUUGUAAAGAAUGACUUUCCACCUGCUUGUCAGUUGUCAACACCUUAUAGCCAACUUGCCUAUUUCCAGCAGCAACAACAGCAAAUACCUGCUACUCCACUUCAAAAUUUACAGAUUUCAGCAUCCUCAUCAAAAAAUGAAUGCAUUUCAGUUAAAGGAAGAAUUUAUUCCAUAUUAAAGCAGAUAGGAAGUGGAGGUUCAAGUAAGGUAUUUCAGGUGCUGAAUGAAAAGAAACAGAUUUAUGCCAUAAAAUAUGUGAACUUAGAAGAAGCAGAUAACCAAACUAUUGAUAGUUACCGGAACGAAAUAGCUUAUUUGAAUAAACUACAACAACACAGUGAUAAGAUCAUCCGACUUUAUGAUUAUGAAAUCACAGACCAGUUCAUCUAUAUGGUAAUGGAGUGUGGAAAUAUUGAUCUUAAUAGUUGGCUUAAAAAGAAAAAAUCCAUUGAUCCAUGGGAACGCAAGAGUUACUGGAAAAACAUGUUGGAAGCAGUUCACACAAUCCAUCAACAUGGUAUUUUAAAAUCUCUUUAUAUAUGUAAACUUAGAAUGUUUAUAAGCCCCAAAAGUGAUGUUUGGUCGUUAGGAUGCAUUUUAUACUAUAUGACUUAUGGGAAAACACCAUUUCAGCAUAUAAUUAAUCAGAUUUCUAAAUUGCAUGCCAUAAUUGACCCUAAUCAUGAAAUUGAAUUUCCUGAUAUUCCAGAGAAAGAUCUUCAAGAUGUAUUAAAGUGUUGUUUAAUAAGGGACCCGAAACAGAGGAUAUCCAUACCUGAGCUCUUGGUGCAUCCAUAUGUUCAAAUUCAAACUCAUCCAGGUAACCAAAUGGCUAAGGGAACCACUGAAGAAAUGAAAUAUGUUCUGGGCCAACUUGUUGGUCUGAAUUCUCCUAACUCCAUUUUGAAAGCUGCUAAAACUUUAUAUGAGCACUAUAGUGGUGGUGAAAGUCAUGAUUCUUCAUCAUCCAAGACUUUUGAAAAAAAAUGGGAAAAAAAAUAA